AUGUCUCCAGGUGAAGGCCACGACCUCUCGGCUUGUUAUGAGGCGUACAAGCUCUCAACAAAUUGCUUCCUGGGAUGGAUGGUGGCUCAGUAUCACUCCGAGGUCCCUGGAGACAUGACCGAGAAUCCGAUCACGUCUACCAGAGACAUUGUAAGGAUCGCCAGGGUUCUUGAAAAGUCUCAAUGUGCUGUGCCGCCCUCCGUUAUUGGACCUCUUCGUCACGCCAUCACCAAGCGUUGGGAAGUCCUCGAAAUUUACAAGACUUUCGAUGCUGACGACGCCAAUCAUACGUUCUUCAUCAAGAGGCGAGUUAUCCUCAUGGAGCAAUUCAAUACUGGACUAACAACAGUAACCAGACUGGAGGAAACCUUGCGCAUCCUGACGCCCCUGAUGGCAAACUCCAAGAACCCUCGCCACCCAGCGAUCCCAGGCAUCGACACCGGGACGCUGAAUACUUUCGCUACACUUGCGUCCAUUCAAGAAGAAGCCGACAUCGAUGCCUCCCCAGUUUUACCUACGCCACCGAAACUUCAUACUGCUCGCCACUCGCGAUCGGCCAAGAGAAAGGGCAAGGCUGUCGUGCAGAAGCCAAGCUGCGAGCUUGAAGAUGACGAGAUGAGUAGGAUUUUCGAGGUGGCGUCCAUUCUGCAUGAGAUUGGAAAGCUGCGCGCCCAGGUGAUGCAGAUCUGGAUCGAAGCCGGCAAAGGAACGAUUCCGAUACCCGCCGCGGCGUGGCUCACUAACAUAGCAUUCGGGUUGAUCAAGACCAUGAUCGAGGGCUACUUUCCUGUGUCGAGUUCCGAUUUUGAAAAUACUUGCAUCAAGGUCGGAAAAUUUCUCGACGUGCAACCGGAUGUUGAUUCCGAGACCGACGGCUUAAAGGACCCCGUCCGCUUUUGCGACUUUUCCUCCUUCAUCCGUUCCUAUCCCUCGAUACCCUCUGGAAACGACAACCAUUCAGUCUUCAACCUUGACGAUUUGGUCAUUCAGAGAGACCCGCACGAACCCCAUAGGCACAAAACCGAAGCCGGUGAAAUUGAUCAGGAACACCUAUUUGGCGUGUUGGAGAUUUUGCAAAACACGCACACAACUCUGACGCAGAAGCGAGCUGUGGAGCGUUUGGAGCUCUGUGUUGAGGGAUCUGCUGGACGAUGGGGACCUUCUGAGCCAAUCUUACCUGACAUCCAGGGUUUCUUCAAUCACCCAGACCAACCUGCGUCGACGAAGCUGGUCUUCGGCAUAGACUUACUCCUGACGACCUACGACGCCUUUCGCUGGCCAGAAGGAAAGCUCAAUAAGCAAGACGCAAGGAUCCGAGCUCUCCAGCUUGCAAUGGAGAUGAGAGCCAGCGUGCGCACCACGACGAACAUCUUGAAGACCUCCCUAGUCGGCCCCACCACCGAUGGCUUCAUCGACGACAUGGAGGAAUUGUACGGCGCCUUGAACGACUACGUCUCGGAGAAGCGAUUCGAUCUCUACUAUCGGGCGCCCUGGACCGCCGGCGCACACAUGGUGGAGAUGCUGCACAAGAGCCAACGCAUGGCCAAGGUGCUUGUCAGCUACUCUGGAAUAAUCCCGGCGACCCUUCACCUCUACAAUGCUCUUCGGCGAUCCGCCUUCCAGCUCCCGAAGAUCCCGGUCAUGGAUGAGCUGUGCCAGCUUUUCAAGGCAAACAUCUUCCUGCAUCACUUGCCCGAUAGAAACUUUCUCUCCAUCUUCCGUCGAGCCGUUUACGGCGGAGCUCUCAUCAAAGGCUGCUCACGAAGGAGAUUAAAAAACGCCGGGUCCAAAAUCGAGAUCGGGGUGAACAGAGAAGCCGUAGUUGCGGAGCUCAAGUCUACGUUUGGCCAACAAAGCGCCGGCAAUCACCAUGUGAGCCUCAUAACCCUCGCUCAUGUCUACGAGGAAAGCGACCAACUACCUUUCGACCACGUCCGCAGAGACAAGCUCGCCAAGAAAAACGAAGCUGAGCGGACCCCAGAAUUCCUCAAGAGGGCCACGAAGAGGAUCAUGGAGGAAUUUGAGGGGCCUACUCCCUCGGCGCGGAUCAACUACUUUGCCAUCUUCGACCUGUGCCUCGAGGUUCUCGAGGACUUUGACAGGAUCAUCGAGACGAGUCCCAUGAUACCAGAGCUGAAGUUUUCUCCGCACAUUGAGAUUCCCGCCGUUCGCGGGGUAGCCAUGGCCGAUCUUGUGCUCGCGCACGUCGUCGAAGGCUCCAGAACUAAACGCAGCAGACUGAAGCUGCCCACUUUGACGUGGCCAGUGCUUUCAAGCAGAGCAUUCAACGUUGUGGACAAGAACGCAACCCUGUCGCAGUUCUUGUGGGACGUUUGA